AUGCCCGGCGCCUCCAGCCUCUCUCUCCGCUGCCGCUGCGCUUGCCGAGCAGAUCGGAGGUUUAGCAGUAGGGAAGGGGAAGGAACCCUGCCCCGCGCUUGUUUUACCCCCCCCGCUCCCGUCCCCUCCUGGCGGCCGGCUCCUCCCCGUCGUUUCCCCGAGCGGCACAAACUUCAGGCGGCCCCGGCGUGCAGGUUUCCCGCUCGUCCCCGGUACCGGCAGACGUGGGCUGGGCAGGCCCCGACCUUCCCCCGAGGUCAGCGGUCCCGGCCCGUGAACCCUCUGCCCACCCGCGGAGAGCCGCCGACCAGGGCUGAAAGCGGCUCCGCCGUCGCCGCGGGGCCGCGGCUGCGAAGCCCGGGGGGCUCCGUGCACGCACGCAGCGCAGCCCGUCGGCCGGGGCAGGGCGGGAGGGGAGCAGACACCCCGAGACAACGAGUUUGGGGCGCGCGGAGAUAG